CUGCUGCUUAGCAAAACGGGUAAAAACAAAAUUGCAAUCAUUGAUGCAUCACCCAGAGAAUCCCCAAAUUUCCUGUGGAGGAAUCCUCUCGGCCUCUCUCCAGCUUGCUUCCAAAAGUUGCAAAACUACGGAGGGCGUCUGGGCAGGCGCUGGCAACAGCACUCCUGAGUCCGAGCUCCCACCCAGAGGACACGAGGUUGCAGAACAGCCGGAUCGGGUGGAAGGGCCGCCCGUUUCUUCGUAGCCUCCAAGGGAGCGGAAACAAAAAAAACGAAACCAAAACCUGCCUGCUCGCUCCUCUCCCCAUCGCCUGCGUUCCGCUGGCUGUGGGCUCCCUGCGGCCACCGAGGGCGCGUCUCUCCUCCGCCAUGGCAUCAGUUUUGAAUGUCAAGGAAUCCAAAGCUCCUGAAAGAACAGUUGUAGUUGCUGGUCUUCCAGUUGACCUUUUUAGUGAUCAGUUAUUGGCCAUAUUAGUGAAGAGCCACUUCCAAGACAUUAAGAAUGAGGGUGGAGAUGUUGAAGAUGUGAUAUAUCCGACAAGAACCAAGGGAGUUGCAUAUGUAAUAUUCAAAGAAAAAAAAGUUGCAGAGAAUGUCAUCAGACAAAAGAAACACUGGCUAGCAAGGAAGGCUAGACAUGCUGAACUCACAGUCUCUCAUUUUAGUGACAAGAUCUUCAUCUCUGUAAAUGCCAUCCUUGAUCUUUCUGUUUUUGGGAAAGAAGUUAUUCUAGAAACUCUGGUAAAGGACCUGAAAAAAAAAAUCCCGAGUUUAAGCUUCAGUUCUUUGAAACCCAGUGGAAGAAUCUCCGUGGAAGGAUCAUUUCUGGCUUUCAAGAGGCUCAAAGAGUCUUUGCUAGUAAGAGCAUAUUCUCUCUUAAAAAAAGACAGAAAUUUUACCAGUGAGGGGAGAAAGUGGAAUAGACAAAAUCCCCAAAGGAAUCUACAGAGAAGUAGUAACUCUAUGGCGUCAGUCAGGGCCUUAGUACCUGAGACUGCUAGAAGUGGAGAAAUGCUUGUGCUUGACACAGAUGUUUUUCUUUACCUGAAACACAAGUGUAGAUCUUAUGAAAGCACACUGAAAAAAUUCCACAUUCUGAGUCAGGAGAAAGUGGAUGGUGAAAUCACCACAAUUUGUCUAAAAAACGUUCAAGUUGGUUCUCAGCCAAACAAUGUAAAACAUGUAAAAGAGUUCAUUGAGGAAUGGUCACAUGCUCUUUACUUAAAGCUUAGAAAAGAGACAUUUAUUUUGGAAGGAAAGGAAAAUAGAGAGAAAAGAAUGAUCAAAAGGGCAUGUGAACAAUUAAGUUCGAGAUACCUUGAAGUCCUGAUUAACGUUUAUAGGACACACAUUGACAUUAUAGGAUCUUCUUCUGACACUUACCUGUUUAAAAAAGGGGUCAUGAAAUUAAUAGGGCAAAAGGUUAGUUAAUAAAAUCUCAGCAAUAUAGCCAUAAGGGCUGCUUUCUCUUGCUGAGCAGUGACCAUUAUCAUGAAUGAGGCUAGCUUUACACACACCCUAUCUCAUUAAUCCUUAUGCUCAUCCUUCUUUGUCAGUGUUGACUAUCCUCAUGUUAUAGCAGAAGAAACUAGGAUUUGGAGAAGUUAAAACACUUUUCUGAAGUUAUCCAGUUGACAAGGAAUGAGGCUGUGGCUUAGCCCAGUCUAUCUGAUUACACAGAUAAUCACAGAUAAUAUCUAAGGAAUAAACCUUUGAAAAAAACUCACCAAACUUUUUUUUUUUUUUUAAUUUGAGAUGGAGUCUUGUUCUGUCGCCCAGGCUGGAGUGCAGUGGCGUGAUUUCGGCUCACUGCAACGUCCACCUCCUGGGUUCACGCCAUUCUCCUGCCUCAGCUUCCGGAGUAGCCGGGACUACAGGUGCCCAUCACCACGCCCGGCUAAUCUUUUUGUAUUUUUUUAGUAGAGACGGGGUUUCACCGUGUUAGCUAGGAUGGUCUCCAUCUCCUGACCUCGUGAUCUGCCCGCCUCGGCUUCCCAAAGUGCUGGGAUUACAGGCGUGAGCCACCGCGCCCAGCAAACUCACCAAACUUUGAAGGAAUCUUACUUUCUCUGUAACUCCAAAUUAUUAGAGAAUAAUAAUUAUUAAGAAGUAGCCUUAACAUAUGAGAAGAUUGAAAGGUGAUUAUUAUGCCAUGGGUAAUUUCUUAACAUUUACAGUUUGUGUUUACUCCAUGUAGAAUUAGAAUACUGGCAAAAAUCACUGGGGAAACUACUUAGAUGGAAAGCAUAUCUUAUGCAGGUAAUCAUUAUUUGACUAAAUUCUAUUGUUUCAAGGCUGCUGGCCACAUAGGAUGUUUUUACUACUACUUUUUUAGCCUAAGUGCUUACAUAAAAUGGUGAUUCUGCUAUAAUUGUGCAAGUUGAUAAUAUUAAUUGAGUCAUUCUUGUCACACCCAACUAAAACAGAGUCAAGAAGCUAGGGGGAAAACGUGCUUGGGACACAUAAUAUUGCUCCGAGAAUGUAAUUCUCUGUGAGCCUGGCUACUGAAACUGCUUGCUGUAACUUGAGACCAGUUUUGUCUAUAGCUGCUGAGAUAACUUGCUGUAACUCUAGGACUAAUUUUGCCUAUGGCCAUUGCCCACCAGUUGGAGCUUGCCAGCUCCCCAGAGCUUUACUAAUACCAAUGAACUUUCUCUUAAGACCAUAAGUUGGCCAGGCGUGGUGGCUCACGCCUGUAAUCCCAGCACUAUGGGAGGCUGAGUGGGUGGAUCACAAGGUCAGAAGAUUGAGACCAUCCUGGCUAACAUGGUAAAACCCUGUCUGUACUAAAAAUACAAAAAUUAGCCAGGCAUGGUGGUGGGUGCCUGUAGUCCCACCUACUCGGGAGGCUGAGGCAGGAGAAUGGCGUGAACCCGGGAGGUGGAGCUUGCAGUGAGCCAAGAUCGCACUACUGCACUCCAGCCUGGGUGACAGAGCAAGACUCCGUCUCAAAAAAAAAAAAAAAAGACCACAAGUAACAUUCUUAGUUUUAAAUAAAAUCCUCAACCUUCUCUUUGUUUGUUGGACAUACUAAAGAUCACCUAGAAUUGAAAUUCUUUCUUCUCAAAUAAAACAUUAAAUUUAGAGUUUUGUGUCUACAUUUUCAUUUUGACUUUGAUAUACAUGAUGUCAGAAGUGGGAUACAAAGCUGACUCACCUCACGGAGAAUCACUGGCCUUUGGAGUUAUGGCAUGAGGUACCCAUAUUGGGGCUCUUUGAACCCCCCACGCCCCCACCACUUUCACAGGUUAUCCUUUUCUCCCUCCAGUGAGUAUCUCUUGGACAGAAUUCUCAGAUAUGGUUUGAGUUCUGUUUUAUUUGGGAUAUGAUUAGGGAGAGGUCUUUCCCCCUCUUGUUUGGUAGAUCUGUUGGGUAGAAUUAUUUUCCCCCUGUUGACCUCAGCUGCGAGGUUUGGACCUUGAGGCUUGGAUGAGGGAAUUUUUCCCUUUCUUUGGAGAAGGCUUAUCAUUCUUACUGGUAAGCAUGUAUUUUAUUUUCUGUCUGGACUUGUAUUUAUUUGGCCUUUGUGUAUUCAGUGCUUGCAUUUACUUGGCUUUUGCAUAGUUGACAUUAAAUCAGAGCACCCACGAAAUGAGCUCUCAAAGUUCAAAGGCAUGCCAGAAUAUUUUCUGGAACUCCAGCUAGUAACAUAUUCAAACAUUACAGGGAUCAUUUAGUCUGUUUUUCUUAAAACUGAACUAAAAGAUGGAGGCUAUAAAAUCAUACACUCCAAAUAAGAUAUGUAUAUUUCAUUGAUAUCUUGAGGCUAAAAAGAAUAAAAACAAAACAAAAUACAUUCAGGAUACAAAUACUGCUUUGUUAAAAAAUACUGUCUCAAAGGUGGCUGAAACUUUUUCUUUCCUAGACCUUUCCCCUCCCCUUCUUACAGUAUCCCCUCUUUAUCCUUCUCUAAACAGCUAUUCUAACAUACUACUUAAAUAAAAACACUUGAAAACCAGCAGAUAUAAAACAAAGUCAUUUUGACCUUCCAAUUUUUUUUUUUUAAAGCAAAGAUUAAAUUCCCAUGUAAAACCUUCCUCCCUAUACAAAAAAGAAUGGCAGCAUUCUUAUCUUCAAUGGCAAAGAAUUGAGUCCAAGAAAAUACUGUAUAAACCUUGUUAAAAAUCACUCUUGUCUUUUGAUCCUACUCACAUAAUUCAGCACACUUUCACAGUUAACUAUUUUUUGUUCAAUUUAGUGCACUGGUGAGUGACUUAAACUGCUUUAUCCCAAAUUUGAUUCACAACCUUUAUAAGAUUGCCUGUUAAAAAAGCUUAAAACUUAUCUUUAGCCCAUUUUGUCAGAAAAAUAAUUUGCAUCUAAUCAUUUUUAUAAACUGGUGAAUUUAUAUAUUUUACUAUAUCAUGACUAAAAUUCUAAAAUAAAAGUUCUAAUAUCUUUAUGUAUAUGUGUUUAAAUAUGUUUAUGUGUAUGUACAUAUAUUAUGUUAUAUGUUGUAUCUACAUAAAAUCUGGUGUAGUCAGCCAGAAAUCCCUUAAGAAAUUUUAUUCUGAUUGGUUUAAAUAAAUGAGCACUCAUAUAAAAUGUAUGGUAAUUAACCCCCAAUUUCUUUUAGCUGAUGUGACUUAAGUAAAUCUUUGAUAAAUUAAUUGGUUUUAAAAUUGUGGAUAAAAUAAAAUUAGAAAUGUCUUCAAAA